AUGUUUAUUCAACAACGUAUAGAACAACUUAAAAAACAUUUGAUAAAUUCAAUGUCAUCGACAAAAUCUAUUUUUCAAGAGGUUCCACUUGCACCUCCAGAUGUUAUCUUCAAUCUUACUGCUUCAUAUAACGCAGAUACUGAUACUCAAAAAGUAAACUUGGGUGUUGGUGCAUAUCGUGAUGACAAUGGAAAACCUUGGAUUUUACCAGUUGUAAAAAAGGCCGAACAAAUUAUUAUAAAUAAUUCCACAUUAAAUCAUGAAUAUCUUCCCAUUACUGGACUUAAACCGUUUAAAGAAGCAGCUGUUAGAUUGAUUCUUGGUGAAAACAGUCCAGUCAUUAAAGAAAAUAGAAUUGUAAGUGUACAGACAAUAUCAGGAACAGGUGCAAACCACUUGGAUGUUGGGGAUUAUGUUUAUUAUAAUCCUUCAACAAUUGGAUUGGAUAUUGAUGGAUUAUUACAAUCCCUCAAGUCAGCACAAGAUGGAUCUAUUAUUUUAUUACAUGCAUGUGCUCAUAAUCCAACUGGCGUAGAUCCUACUCAAGAACAAUGGAUAAUGAUUGCUGAUGUUAUGGAAUCUAAAGGUCAUUUCCCAUUUUUUGAUUGUGCAUAUCAAGGUUUUGCAAGUGGUGAUUUAGAUAAAGAUGCUUGGGCUGUUCGUUACUUUAUUGAACGCGGGUUCGAAUUAUUAAUUUGUCAAUCUUUUGCAAAAAAUUUUGGUUUAUAUGGGCAACGUGCUGGAUGUUUAACAUUUGUUCUUAAGAAUGCUGAUGCAGCUGCAAGAGUAGAAAGUCAACUUGCAAAACUUCAACGUGCUGAAAUUUCUAAUCCGCCAAUUCAUGGAGCUCGUAUUGUUAACACUGUGUUAAAUGAUCCAGCUCUUUAUACUGAGUGGACAGAAAAUCUUAAAACUAUGAGUUAUCGUAUACAAGAGAUGCGCAAACGUCUUUAUGAAAAACUUAUUGAGCUAAAUACUCCAGGAACUUGGAAUCAUAUAACAGAUCAAAUUGGAAUGUUUUCUUAUACUGGGCUCAAAGCACAACAUGUUAAAAUGCUUAAAGAAAAAUAUCAUAUUUAUUUGGUUGAUAAUGGACGUAUUUCAAUGGCAGGAUUAAAUUCAUCAAAUGUUGACUAUUUUGCACAAGCAGUUGAUGAUGUUGUUAGAACUGUUUUGAGAUCACUAUUCAUGGUAAAAGUUGUAGAUACAAAGUAUACAAGUCAUAGAAUUGUUGAAAAAUAUUCUAAUGAGCCAUGUAGGUUAUGUUAUUUAAUUGUUUAUGAAAAUCUUCGUGAAAGUCCAGUUCCAAAUACUCCUAAAUUUUAUGAAGAUUUAUAUAAAGAAUGUUGGAAAUUUGACAGAUGGGAACGUCCUACCAUUGAGGAUGUUUGGGAUCGUUUGGAAGCUUCUCAAGAAGAAGAUUCAAAUUGA